AUGGUACGAGUUUUUGUUAGUUCAACAUCUACAGAUACAUUAGGUGAACGAGAUUCUUUAAUUGAAAAUAUAUUUCCUAAACUUAAAGAUUAUUGUCGUCAACAAUAUGGAUUAGAAUUUCAAUAUGCCGAUAUGCGUUGGGGAAUUCAAACGGAAUCUACUAAUAAUCAUGGAGAAGCUGCAACAUGUUUAAAAGAAAUUGAAUUAUGUAAAAAAUAUUCUGUGGCAACUAAUUUUGUAGUAUUACUUAGUCAUCGUUAUGGUUCACGACCAAUUCCAGCUCAAAUUCGUGCAUCACUUUUUGAAUUAUUGAAAGAUACUGUUCUUAAUGAAUUAAAUGAACUUAAAGAUGGUGAUUUAUUAACACAAUGGUAUAAAUUAGAUACCAAUUGUAUUCCACCUGCAUAUAUUUUACAAAAUAUUUCAUCAAUUUUACCGAAUUUUUUAUCAGAAAAUACAGAUAAAAUAAAACAAGCAGAUAAAGAAUGGAAAAAGAUUAGUAAUCGUUUAAGAAUAAGUCUUCGACAAGCAGCAGAAUUAUGUCUUCAACGAGAACAAAUUACUGAAAGUGAUUAUGAUGAAUUUUUUAUAUCAAUUACGGAAAAGGAAAUUAUCAAUGGUAUUCUAUCAGCAAAAGAUGCAAAUGAACGUACAUUAUGUUUUUUACGUGAAAUUGUUGAUAUUCGAGAUCAUUUAUCCGAUGAAAAAGCAUCAAAAUAUAUCGAUAUGUCAUCAUCAACAGAUAUUGAUCAUGAAGCAGAAAAAUUACUUAAUCGUUUAAAAACUACACGUAUUCCUGCUGCAUUACAAUCUUCAAAUAUAUUUCAAUAUCAAGUUCAUUGGUCAUCAAAUGGAAUAACUCGACAAAAUCACGCAGAAUAUCUCGAAAAAUUUAAUAAUGAUUUUUAUCAAGCAAUGCAAAAUCAAAUAGAUAAAUGUGUACAAUCACGUUUUACACAUGAUUCAAAUAGUUUACAACAUGAAGUAUUAGAACAUGCAAUACAAUGUAAAACAUAUGUUACAAAAUUUCAUGGAAGAACGGAUGUUUUAUCUAAGUUGGAAAAAUAUAUAAAAUCAAAAGAAGAACAUCGACCAUGUGUUGUAUAUGGUCAUUCAGGAUGUGGAAAAACUAGUGUAUUAGCUAAAACGGCAACAGAAGUAUUCAAAUGGUGGUCAGGUCGAUCUGUUUCAGUUAUUUUACGUUUUCUUGGAACUACACCAACAUCUUCUACUAUUUAUAAAACUUUAUUAUCUAUAUCUGAACAAAUAAGUGAAUUAUAUCAUAUACCUAUGAAUUCAUAUCCAACUGUGAAUCAACUUCGUGAUCAACUUGAAACAUGUCUUCUUUCGGAAAUUCCUGCUAAUGAAUAUCUUGUUAUAUUACUUGAUUCUAUUGAUCAAUUACAAACUGAUGCAUAUGAUUGUAAAUGGUUACCAAUAUACUUUCCAUCGAAUGUUAAAUGUAUUAUAUCAACAUUACCCGAUCAUGGCGAUAUAUUGAAACGUUUACAAUUGAUUUUAAAGGAAGAUGAAAAUUUAUAUGUAAAUGUUCCACCAUUUGAACCAGAAACAGUUGAACUUGUUUAUAAUGAUUGGCUUAAAAUGAAAAAUCGUUCAUUAAGUUUUGAACAACGUUUAUUCAUAAAUAAUUUAAUGAGAGAAAGAAAUGAAAUUCUUCCUUUAUUUAUGAAACUUUUUUUUGAUAUAAUAUCAACGUGGCAUUCUUAUGAUCCAAUUGAUGAAAAAUUAACUGAUUUAAAAGAUGUUGAUGAUUGUAUAUGUUAUUUAUUUGAACGAUUAGAAAUUAUACAUAAUACAGUUUUAUUUAGUCGAGCAUUAUGUUAUAUGACAGCAUGUCGAAGUGGAAUUAGU